GUUUUGACCUGUGCGGGCCCCCGUAUGGUCAACUUGUUACCAAGGCAGCCAGGAAGAAGCUGUGAAGGGAGCGGACGCUUUGCAGCUGCAAACUCCGUCGCAGCCCUGUCCUGACUGAGGCAGAAAUGGACAUCCAAAAAGGCUGACUCCUCUUUUCAGCCUUCACCAUGGGCACCGCGUCCUCUCUGGUCAGCCCAGGAGAAGUGAUCGAGGACGGGUAUGGAGGAGAAGGCGGGGAAGCCUGUGAGAUCCCGGUGGAGGUGAAGCCCAAAGCCCGGCUCCUGCGCAGCUCCUUCCGCAGAGGACCUCGGGUGAUCGGGGCCAGUUUCAAAUCCACAGGCUCCGUGGAUCUCGAGUACGCUGCAGAGUACGAACGACUGCGGAAAGAGUACGAGAUCUUCCGUGUCAGCAAGAAUAACGAGAUAUCGUCCAUGCAAAAGAAGGAGGCCAAACUGGACGAGGAGAACAAGAGGCUGAGGGCUGAGCUACAGGCUCUGCAGAAAACCUACCAGAAGAUCCUCAGGGAAAAAGAGAGUGCUCUCGAGGCAAAGUACCAGGCGAUGGAGCGGGCUGCAACCUUUGAACACGACAGGGACAAAGUAAAACGACAGUUUAAGAUUUUCCGUGAGACAAAAGAAAAGGAGAUCCAGGAUCUCCUGCGGGCCAAAAGGGACCUGGAGGCCAAACUGCAGCAGCUGCAGGCACAGGGAAUCCAAGUCUACGACCCAAAUGAUUCUGACUCAGAUGACAACCAGACCACUGUUACUGCUGCAGGGACACAAUGUGAUUACUGGACUGGUGGUGUGCUGGGAAGUGAGCCCUCUAUGGGUAGCAUGAUGCAGCUGCAACAGACCUUCCGGGGACCAGAGUUUGCCCACAGUCUGAUAGACGUGGAGGGACCCUUUGCAAAUGUCAGCAGAGAUGACUGGGAUGCAGCAGUGGCCAGUUUGCUUCAGGUGUCCCCUCAUGUGCCACAGGCCUUAUGGAGUAACACAGUGCGCUGCUACUUAAUCUUUACCCAUGAGACCAAAGCUGAGCUGGAUCUCUUUAUUAAGAAACACUCUCCUGUGUUGCGGAGGAUGUGUGAGGGUCUGGGUCAUUUCUACUUGAACGUCUGCUUCCCAGAGGAAAGUGCUGCCUCGUGUGCUGUGGAGCGCAGGCAGGAGAUUGAAAGGAGCUCUGUGUGUGUGCUUCUUCUCAAAUCUACUGUCACAAGUUCGGUGGUGGAGGAUUGUGAGGAGGCUUUUGUGAAAAAUCCAGAUGGCCAUCCACUGGUGCUCUACCUCAGGACUGAAGAAGGACACAGUUUGACUGGACCCGCCAGGCAAAUGCUAGAAAGGGUCAAUGCUGCAGACAAGGCAGCUAAAGUCAAGGUGGUGGAUCACAGUGGCUCUGCAGAGGAUGGGGCUGACCUAAUUUAUGCUCAGCUAGAAAAAAUCAUCAAACAGGAGUUGCUGGGUCUUGAAGGAGCAGAUGUUGACUCUAAGGAUUUUGGGAUAGAGGAGGGGCGUGAGGAGGACUCUGGAGAUGUGCUGUGGGACCUGCAUGAUGAGCAGGAACAGAUCGAGUCCUAUCAGCAGGCCUGUAACAGCACCACCUCUCAGUUAGGUUUCCAGAAGUAUAUAGAUCGUUUGAAUGACAUGAUAGCUGCUCCCCCUCCCACCCCUCCUCUGCUGGUGUCUGGAGGUCCGGGCUCAGGGAAGUCUCUGCUACUCUCUAAAUGGAUCGAGCUGCAGCAGAAGCAGACUCCCAACACCUUGUUCCUUUAUCAUUUCGUUGGUCGUCCACUGUCCACAAGCUCAGAGCCGGUUCUUAUCAUCAAACGUCUAACAGUCAAACUGCUGCAGCAUUUUUGGUCCAUUUCUGGCUUGUCCAUGGAGCCCAGUAAGAUCUUGGAGGAGUUUCCUCGCUGGCUUGAAAGGCUUUCAGCGCGCCAUCAAGGAAACAUCAUCAUCAUUAUCGACUCCAUUGACCAAAUUCAGCAAGCGGAACGACACAUGAAGUGGCUGAUCGACCCUCUACCUGUCAAUGUUAGAGUGGUGGUGUCUGUCAAUGUUGAGACAUGUCCACAGGCAUGGAGGUUGUGGCCCACACUCCACUUGGACCCUUUGAGUCCCAGAGAGGUCAGGAGUGUUGUCAAUGCAGAAUGCCAGAGCAUUGAUUUCAGACUUACUAAGGACCAGGAGAAGAAGCUGGAAAGACACUGUCGCUCUGCAUCCACCUGCAAUGCACUAUAUGUCACACUAUUGGCAAGGAUGAUCACCAGCAGUGGAUUGUGUUGGUCGCAGGAGAAGAGUGUGGACCAGUUUCUGCAGUGUCAGGACACCAUGUCACUCUACCGCCUAGCACUCAAGAUGACACUGAGCUCCCUCAGCACAGACAGAGAGCGACACAUCAUGAGAGAGAUAUUGUGCCUCGUAUGUGCCAGCCAUAAUGGAGUGAGUGAAUCAGAGGUACUAGACCUUUUCCCAGAGCUAGACUUACCUGUGCUGUCCUCUAUGCUGUACCGCCUGAACAGACUCUGCAUCGUAACCCUCCGUUGUGGGCUCAUUAGAUUCCAACACUUACAGGUGUGGGAAGCUGUGAGGUUUGAGUUUCUGGGUGGAGGAAGCAGUUCUGCGACUUACAGAGAGAAACUCAUUCAUUACUUCAGCCAACAACUCAGCCAGGACCGCGUGACGUGGCGUGUUGCAGAUGAGCUUCCCUGGCUGCUCCAGCAGCAGGAGGACAGGACUAAACUGCAGCUCAGCCUCUUGAACCUGUUUGUCUCCCAAAACCUCUACAAGAGGGGUCACUUCUCUGAGCUGCUGGCCUAUUGGCAGUAUGUGGGCAAAGACAAAAGCUCCAUGGCCAGUGAGUACUUUGACUCCCUGAAACACUACGAGAAGAGCUGCGAGAGUGAGGACAGCAUGACCAAGUUGGCGAACCUGUAUGAGACUUUAGGACGUUUCCUCAAAGACUUAGGCCUUCCAAGUCAGGCUAUGGCCCCUUUACAAAGAUCCCUUGAGAUCAGGGAGACGGCCCUGGAUCCGGAUCAUCCGAGUGUCGCACGCUCCCUGCACCAGCUGGCCGGGGUUUACGUUCAGUGGAAGAAGUAUGGCAACGCUGAGCAGCUGUAUAAGCAGGCCAUGGAGAUAAGCGAGAACGCCUAUGGUGCCGAGCACGCCAGCAUCGCACGAGAGCUGGAGUCACUCGCCAUGCUCUAUCAGAAACAAAACAAGUAUGAACAAGCAGAGAAACUCAGGAAGAGGUCGGUGAAGAUCCGUCAGAAAACUGCUCGCCAGAAAGGUCACAUGUACGGCUUCACUUUGUUGAGGCGCAGAGCUCUGCAGCUGGAAGAGCUGACCCUGGGGAAAGACUCCGCUGACUGUGCCAAGACGCUUAAUGAACUGGGUGUCCUGUACUACCUCCAGAACAACCUGGAUGCAGCCAAGGUGUUUUUGACUCGCUCUCUGGAGAUGCGACAGCGUGUCCUCGGUCCAGAUCAUCCAGACUGCGCUCAGUCCCUCAAUAAUCUGGCUGCUCUGCACACUGAGAGGAGGGAGUACGAGACAGCAGAGGACAUGUAUGAGAGGGCACUGGACAUCCGCAAGAAAGCCUUGUCUGCGGACCACCCCUCGCUGGCAUACACGCUCAAGCACCUGGCCAUGCUCUAUAAACGCAGAGGGAAGCUGGAGAAGGCUGCACCACUGUAUGAGCUCUCUCUGGACAUCAGGGAAAAAAGUUUUGGGCCCAAACACCCCAGUGUGGCCACAGCACUCGUCAACCUGGCUGUAAUAUACUGCCAACUGAAAAAACACAGCGACGCCUUGCCUCUGUACGAACGAGCACUGAAAGUGUAUGAGGACAGUUUGGGGCGCUCACAUCCAAGAGUUGGAGAGACCCUAAAAAACCUGGCUGUGCUAAGCUAUGAAGAAGGUGACUUUGAAAAUGCAGCGGAGCUUUACAAACGUGCAAUGGAGAUUAAAGAGGCAGAGCCCUCCCUGGUUUGUGGGAAUGCCCCGUCCCGUCAUUCCUCCGGUGGGGACACGUUCAGUCUGAGGGGACCUGCUCCGCUCCCACAUGCCCCAAGGUGACUGUGUUCAACCACUAGUGCCUCAGGAAAGGCUGUUUAACAGAAAGGCUGUUUAAAAGUGGCAUCAAUGUAAAAACACAUUGUUUCGUCAAAAGGGAACCAAACUGUGACAGUUGUCGUAGAUGGAGGUUUUGGGGUUCGGGCCAAUAUACUGUACUUGCAGGAUUAUGAACUCUGCCGUGUUAAUCUGUGAAAUCUGUGUUUACUUAAAGUAUUUAUUAGUAUUUCUAAAAUAAUAAUGUGUAAUUAACUUUACAUUUACAAGUCAGUCCUUUUAAGGACCUGGAACUCAGGUUUACAACACCUUUAACAAAGACUUAUACACUUACAUGCCCCAUGACAAUUACUGUCAGGAGCAAGAGCAGCAAAGAUUAAUUUUACAGCUUAAAAUCACUCCAGCCAGUUUUAGACACAUUUGGUGUUUUCCGCGGUACAGUGGAUAUUUGUCUAUGCACUCUUUGUGUUUGAUUGAUGGUUUGAACGAAAUGACACUAAAAUCCAGGGAGGUUGAAGAUUUUCAAGUUUCUUGUAGGAGAUACAAGGUGAACGUUGCCUUAACCUGAUCAUGCCUUUAUCUUUUACAAGUUUUUUUUAAAGAACAUUAUUGGUAGGACUGUCGGCCUUAAAGCACUUUUGUUUCCAAGUCUAAAUUCCGGACACUCUGAAUGAACAAUACCUGAGAGCUACUGUCUUUCAAGAUCAAUAAAGAUCCCAUUUUUUAUGUUUAUGUUACAUAAGGUGUUAAUUUAACAGUAUUAUGCAUUUAUUCUCAAAAGGGAAAAUGUACAACCCAAGAGUCAAAAACAAGCCUCAACAAAGUCGGAGCAAACAGCAUCUCUGGUACUGAAAGUAAAUGUACAAAUAUUUAUUCAUUUACAUGAGGGAUUUUAAGGGAAUUGCCAAAGCAUGUGACACGACUGUCCUUGUUAAAGUACAUCUUAGUGAAUGUACAUGAAGCCAAAAGGGACAAAAUGUACCCAACCCUACAAACUCAGUGCCAAAUGUAAU